GUACCCCCCACUGCCCCUCCACAAUCGUGUGGAUGUAAACACGAACCCAAAAGCACAAGUGGCGAAGAGGAAGACGGUGCCAUCGGUCGCGCGCCCACCCCGCCCCCUCGGCGAGGCCUGGUGGGCGCGGUGCGCGCGGGCAGUUUCCGGCUUCCGUGCCUCAGCAAGCAGGACAGCCAUGAGCGGCCCAUCCUGAGCUGCAGCUCGAGCUCGCACGACACGCCGCCGCUGUUCCGGCCCGGCUCGUCGGGCCUGCUGCGCGCGGGCACCGAGCCGUCCUCAUCGUCUUCGCUGCACCCGACCAUGCACAGGAUCGCCGCCUCACUGCGCCAGGCGCCUUUGCCGGCCAUGGCCGUCGCUGGACUGGCGCCCGGAAGCCCGCCCGCUCUGCUGAGAGGGUCGAGCCCGCCUCCGGGACGCUUCCUGCAUAGGGCAUCCUAUCACGGCUCGUCGCGGGGCAGCCCUGGUCUGGACCAGAAUCACCUGACGAGCGGUGCGCCGAGGAGACCCGAGGACUCGCCCAGCGCCUUCGUGGGAAGUGCCGAGAACCUGGUUGGACGGGUUCUCCACGAGCAAGGCCUGGGCAAGUACUGCGACGCCGACUUCGUGCGGGCCACUCAGCGCGAGCUGGCUGAAGCCUUCAACCUGACUCAGGAGGAAAUGGACCGGGCAGCGCACGAGAUUCUGCAGGCUGAGCGCCGCCGAAGCAUGCCGCAGCUUCACCGCCCGGGCCACGGCGGGGCCGACGACUAUGCGGCCACAACGAGUCCCACGGAAGAAAACGCUGCGACGCACGUCGAACUGCCCGUGGUGGCUACAUCGCCGACGGAGAACAGGAGCCCUCCGGCAGAGCAGCGGGCCGACGUUGCCGCGUCGUCCCCGACGCAACCCCAGACGCCAGGGCAGCCGUCCGCCAACGGCAAGACUGGAGGCUUCAGGGACACGCCCUUAUAGCGGCGGCAGCGACGACCUCCCGAAGGUGUCCAUGCCUUCGAGCUGGCUGUUCGGUGACAACGCGGACACAGCGCGUCAUCGUGGUAGGAGGCAUCGAUGCCAUCUGCCCUGGAUUACAACGACACCUUUGCUGAUAUGCGAAGAGACAUCCAAGAUCCGUUCCUCGCCGGCAGUGCCUGUCAACAGGGUAGAGCGGAACGCCUCCUUACACUAUCCAAUUCAAGCGAUCAAGCGCUUGGUCAUGAUGCGCCCACUGUGAACAAUGUGUAUACGUGAGCGCGUUGUCUUCGGAUUUCAAGAUUUUUUUUUUUCUUUCGUACGGUGCUUCGCGCCAUCUGGAGCAGAAUCCAGAUUCGUCCUUGUCCGAUAUCUUUGGUGACAGUCAUCUUCAAGAACCACGACAUUCUAUUUCCGUCUGCAGCUCAUGGAAAAGGCAGACGUGAGAAGCUCGUUCGAGACUACCUUCGUAACCCUUCAAACUCAUUCGCCACGAAUCUCCGUGAACGGGAACACAACGUGACAUUACCCAGCGAAAAGUAGUUUAACAAACUGUUCAUCGAACGACAGUCUUUGCUCCCUCACACUUUUCGAAUACACAUAGCCUACGAAAUGGAAUACUUUCUUUGACCCAGUGAAGAGUUGAAGAGAACUUCAUGCUCGAGAGCCCGAGUGAAGCUGUAGAAAAAAAAUGAAGAAAAAAAAAACGCUCCCUGUCCAUAUACGCGUGCGCUUAGCUUUUUCAAGCCCCUCCGCUACCCCACUCUAGAAUAGCUGCAUAGUUCUCUCUGUGGGGCCGUGUAAAUAGCUGUACAGUCGUCGCAAGGGUCUUCGCAGAAGUUGACCUGUCGUGUGAACACUCCAGUGCCUUUCUCUCUCUCUCUCUCUUACGCACUCUUUCUUCGUAGAGUGACUGUGGGCCUGUAGGACAUAAUUAGGGCUGCAUUUCAAUGGUUGUGUGCCCCGAAGAAGCACUCCAGCCUAAACCACACAUCUUUCUUCGUUUUGUUUGGACAUUCGUACCGCCUGCACCACUUUUUCUCGGAGCCAGCGAUGUGUGGUGGACUAGAAGAACGCACUGCUCCGUGACCCUCCAUACGCGCGGAGAAAUUGUUCCUUUGCACAGCACGUCCAGCGAUUCCUGGUGGCUUUCGGCCGAAGGUGCAUUUCACGGUGGAUUCAGCUUGCUUCUCAUCGUACAGGCUUCGGUGUGGACGUCUACAGGCAUUUGUGACGGAAGCUGGUGUGUGUGUGUCUACGUGUGCGUGCGUUCGUUCGUUCGUUCCCGUGGCGUUACUAUUUAUUUGCUUCGUUGAUUGUUCGUGCACUUAAGCACACUUCGAGACAUGGUGGAGUUGUUCAAGAGACACUGGAUCCCUUUCUUUUCCCCUUCAUCGAAGACUGUGCAGCUGCGCCAGGCCCUGGUUUGGUGGUCCCUACGGACAAUGACGCAUUGUUUACGAAUCGUUAUACACGCACCUUGUCAAGCUUCUUACCCCCUUUCUUGCACGAGUAACACAUGCGCUUUGUAUACGUGAGUGUGUAUGUCGCCCUCCUGCUCUUGAUUCCACGCUUCACGCGUGGGAAGAGCACUGUUAAGAACGGACAAGAAAGCUUUCACCUACACUCCGAAAAAUGCCUCACCCUUUUGGGUGUAACUUUCACUGGUGAGAACAGCCGUGAUCAUCCGGCAGAUGUUUUAGUUCGGUUUUCUUCAACAAGUAUAGUAACCACGUAGAGUGUGCAUACGCUGGUUCUGGUUAACUUUUCUCCAACAACUCGUGUCCCACAUUUCAUGGAUACUGGCAGAAUUCAGACACCAUAUAACGAGCGUGUAAUAGGCAGAAAAUAGGUUACGCAUGCGCCAAGCUCAAGUGCACUAUUUCGACUAGCAUAACGAAAAAUAGAGUUGGAUAACUCUAUUUUGCAUACAACCCUUUGCAUUGCGUCCACAUUAGGCAUAACCGAGUUAUCGCUGCUCAAGGAAAUUAUACUGACUUGAAAUAUCGCGAAUACACUAUAGUAUGAUAGUGAGCUACGUUAGAACAACUCGGAGUUUGUGAGAGUCAGUGCUCAUGAUGGGAGUUUUUUUUUUCUCCGAUGAGUGGUAACAAGAUCGCUAACCACAUAUUUGUCGUUUGUAUUCUUGGUAUACCCGUUGGUCGAUACUUUAUGUCAAACUUAGAAACAAAAAGGUGUGACAUCUUUCGGAGUUGUACGCGCAUAGAAAUGUUGCUCACAGGAAUAUUUCAGGAAGUGACAGCCAAACAGACAUUGAAAUUUGUAAUGGUUUAACCAGACUGAAGGUCUAUAGGUAUAUUCUCUCAUCUUGCGUACUUACUCCAACGGCCGUCGUGUUGUGAGACAGACGUGAAAUUUCGACAAGUGUGUCCUGUCAGUGCCAGCGGCAAAUGUCGCGAGCUUGGGCAUUUUAGUGCAUUUUGCAUGGCCACAAUAGAAACGUGAUUUCUGUCGCAGGCUUUGGCGGUGAAGCUUUUUCGCGCAUUGGCACUGCCUCCAGGCUGCCUGCCCUAUUUGCUAUUACUGCAGCGAUAUUUGCCGACGCCUGUUUGCAGGUGUAACAGGACGUUCCCAGAGCGCUACCUCAGGUCCACCAGGUGCAUAUCGAUGCGUGAAUAUUUUACAAGUUGUAAUGACAGCAGCGGAUAUGCAAAACCAUGGCACAGGGGAAAUAUACUCAAUAAGUCCUUUGCUUGCAAGCUCUUUGGUUCAUUCUGCUCAUUCUACACGGUUUUUCGUGAGGAAAUGCCAGCAGAACCGAAAGAAAGCAGAAGAAACUGAACUAAGAAAAAAAAAAAGACAGGAACAGGAAGGAUGCUUUUCCUCACGAAGAACUAUGCACCAACUGUACCCAACAAGCCACCCUAAUGAACUACACGGUUCAUUGGACGCGAUCACUUUUUGGCGAUUGUGUCACGGGUUACAUUUGCAAGUAGAGUAGAUUUUGUUAGUGUUGAGGAAAGUGCUGAGCAUAAGUAUCGCAGCAUGUUCUGGUUCUUAGAAACUUUCUACUUGUGGCUAUGGAGAGUCUCCCGCCAACUCAAUGACAUAGCCGAGUUUUACACAACAGCUCAGGUAAAAAUCUUGCACCGCGUGAACCACCACAAGCAUAUGAGUUGUUGGACGAAAUAUUUCUGCUAAUGGUGCAUUCCACUAUACCCGGAAGUGAGGAAACUUGCGAAAAAAAGGUAAUCUCAGUGGCAGUGGAAACUAAUACAACGGCUGCAUACUUUUUUAUGGUGUCCAUAUUUUCGUUCAAAUGCCCCCACCCUGCUUUUCGUAUAACGUAACUGUCAGCAUGUUCAGCCUUCUCUAAUGAUGAAAGGAUACGUGCGUGAUGCACAAAGUGCAAAAAGAGUGACAAGGUAUACAAUUACGAUGUAACCCCGGAAUAUGGCUGAAAAAGAAGAAAGAGUCCGGCUGAUACGGGCUUCGAGUUCGCGUUCCUUGUAAUGUAAUGCAAACUGAGCCGCGUAGUAAGAAAUGUAAUGCCAUGGUAUAAAAUAAUUAAAAGAGGGCGGUUUGGUGGCGAAGCACGGCUUCUCGAGGGGCAUAGCACCGCAGGCUUAAUUGGUGGAAACGCUGACAAGGUCAAUUUUGUUCGUACAUCUUGAAGACUUCGAACUCGCAUACGUCAACCAGAACGCAAUACCUACUAGUGGAAAAACAGUGAAAUAACAUUUAGCGUCAUGCUCAUGACGACGUAUUGCGAAGUCUCAUUACGCCUACUUCUUCUUGCGCUGAGGAGACGCAGCUGACUGUUUAUUCGAAAGUACCAAGGCCUGCGUUAGCGUACCAAGGAACGUCCUGUCUUAUUUCUGAGGCGGCGUGCCCGCGUUUCUUAAUUAGGAACCCUCGUGUGUUGUGCUAGCACAGACUGCGGCCGCGUAGAAGGCGGUUGUCGAGCGUCUAUUCAGACACCGUCUUGUCCUGCGCCGCUUUUCUCCGAGAGGAAAAAAAAGUGCCUAUCCCCGCAUCCUGUAGUAGUGUCGCUGAUGCGUGCACACGUAGAGCUGUUUCUGCGAUAUAUCGAGUAUAAUGAAAAGGAAACAGCAAAGCCUUGCUUUGCUUGCGCACGCAAGCGUGCUACUUAGCGGGAGCGCGCGCAAAUCGGGCCUUGCGAUCGGCUGCGUAAGGCUUCACUGUGGAGCUAUGAAUAUAAAAGGCUGCUAUGGCAGAGCGAGGUGUAUUUUGCAGUUUUUCUUUCCUGCGAGCCAUAAAAAAGCAGUAACACUGCUUGUUGGAGCAGCUGCGCAACCACUCCACACAGAUGCCUGGCUCGCAUUCGUCAUUUGCUCACAGCAGCCCUGGCUAGAAUUUCUGUAACCUAAAUAACACUCAACUAAAAAAAAGAAUGGAGGAAAAUAUGAAAAGCAGGUGAAGAAAUAGCGUUCAACAUCCAUCGUUUCCGCGUCGAUCAGCUGGCAUGAUAUAUAUUAUUUCCCCUCUUUCCUUUUUGAUAUCAUUAUUAGAUAGGGCUUUGUGCAACGGCGUUCUUCCUCUUCCUGUAGGUUGAGCUUGCACGGUCAAGUGUGUUAACGAGAAAUUUUCAUAGUUUAAGCCUGCAUUUGCUUAUGGCCUCUAGUAUCAGCUGCAAGAGACUGAAUCACUAAGUAUCCUCUUAUCCGAUGGACCGCCAUCAGUGCUCUCAUCCAAAACGCGAGAGGCCCAAAGGUGUCUUCAAUUAGUGCUAAAGCAAUGCAGACACGAGGGAAAGACAAUCAAAUGCCAGCGACAAGCAUAAGCCUGUUCUUCGUGUCCGUGUUACUCUUGCUCUACGUGAAACUACGCAUUCGUUCCAGCCAGCCCGAUCGCAACGAUUUCUUCGCUAAGCAGCCUCCGAAAUUCAUUCAUAGAGCAGACAGUUUUGAAAUAACGUUUAUCUUGCGCACGUUAAACACAAGUGCUUUUGCAGGAGUUACUGCGCGUUCAUUCGGGAGUCUCGGUGCACUACGCGAGAAUGCCAACUUACAGACGGCGUUAAAGAACAUUGCACCGCAUGGUUCCUCGUGCCAGACAUGUCCAAGCCAAGCCAAUCCGUUAGCAACCUUCAUGACGUUUUCGUGCGGAUACGUCUCGUCAGGCGUACUGACGCCGGGAUCAGAGAACGAGCAGAAAAAUUGCACGCGCUACGCAUCAAUGACCACGGUUACCAGCUAGUUCAGAGGAUGCGGCAGCUCAUUUUUGAUGGUUACUUUCGAUCAACGAUAGCGAUAGCGUAACUGUUACAAGAAUUACCGCUGACGUGGAAGGUGUGGGUGCCGCCAUGCACAGCGACGCUAUUCUUUAGCGUAGAUAAACAUUGCGUACGGUCAACUGUCCCCGUCACGUACCUUAAGGUAGCGUACUGAAACCGCAGAAAGUAAAUUACGUACCUAGCAUGCGUGCUGAUGAGAUCGUUAGUUCUUUACGUACCUAUUUACCUUUGGUCGCAAACUCCAUUCUAAGCCGGUUUAGUAGUUCUCAUAGACUCAGUGAACGCAUCAUGUCCUGGAGGGACGGUUUAUGGGCAGCCCACCGCAUCGCCUCUUGUGCGCGAGCUUCCACACGGCCUCUCCGAGAACGCGCUACACCAGUCCUCCUCGGCGUUGCCCUCCCAUUGCGUCCGCACCAGCCAGCCGCCAAAGAACGUAUAUACCCGCGUUUUUUGCACUUUUUAAUGCCAAAGCGCGCAGCCCACUCCCUUUGGACAGAGACACUGCUCUGCACGCGAUAGGUUUGCUUAGGCUACGUAGCUCCGUUGUCCUUUUUGCCGCAAGGCGUGUUGAUGUUUGCUAAGACCGAGCGAUUUGGCGAAGGCCCCCGAGUGAUGGUGGUUCUGAUGCUGCUCCUGGCGGCACGCAAGAAAUGUUUUUUUUUUCUUGUUACGGUCGGACGCACCAGAUUUCUGUGUUUUCGGAGCGGACAUCUUGUUGUUCACCCUUCGUCACGACGAGCGACGGCACUUGACCACUGACAGUGUUUUAUGCGGUUGUCUUGCGGGGUGAUGUUAAACGUUUUGUGGCAAUGUUGAGGGAAAACUUGCUGGUGACAAUGUGCCGUUGCACGCUGUGGUGGAUAAAGGCCUCGUGGGUGCACUUUAGGUCGUGUACUGUCUUACCAUACUGGCGCUGUGUACGCAUGGCGCAUAAAUAUAGGGUGCUUUUAAUAAACGAAUCAACAAAGGAUCCUUGUUAUGGAGACCAUUCUGCGCUUUUCUACGAUGUCAUUGCUUAGCAUCGAUUUCCUCCGGAGUGUAUCUUGAUUGCCUCCCUGUCUACGACACUGUUUUCUUGGAGCAUUUUCUUUCGAAUUUUUGCGCUCAUCUCAGAACUUCAACGCAUAACCACAGAGGGAAUUUUUUUUUUCUUUCGGUUUCCUGCUAUUGUUACUUAUCCUGGUAGCCUGUUUCAUAAUAAAGGAACAAAUCAAGGUAC